AUUUGCCAGUCAGUUAAAGGGCUUGUUUGUUGAUUCUAAUUUUCAUACCCGUGCACCUUGAACUUCCUCCACUAUUAAAGCAUGCUCUAAUUCUUGUCCAAACAUAUCACACCAAGUUUCACAAAGCUGAACACCACAAACAAACAAACAAAGAAGGGUCCGUUUGUAUUUUAGUUGGGUAUAAUAGAUUAUGAAAAUAAUUGAUUAAGUGGUAGAUUUUAAUCAUAAUUGAUUAUGUUAUAACGUAAUCUAUUUGGAUAUUGUUUUUUUAAAAUUGAUUUUAACAGAAUUGAAGAUAUUUGAAUAAUUUAAUCAAAAUUAAUUUUUAACUAUAUAAAUUACUAUAUAAUUUAAUUUUUAAAUAUCAAAUAUUAAUUUUUUAAAUAUAUAAAGUUUAAAUUUUAUUAAGGAAAAAAAAGAAAAAGAAGAGAGUUUAAUUUUAUUUUUAUUAAAUUAUGUGCUUUUUUUGUAAUUUUUUCCUGAGCCCGUUUUUGUAAUUUUCCCCAACGUUUUUGACAAACUUUUGGCAAAACGGACGGAGGGAGCUUCUGAAAAACGCACGUUUUGGCCCAUAAUCGAUUUUUGAUCAUUUUCGACUGUUUGGAUAAAUUGACAGAAAAAAUUAAUUUUAGAUCCAAAACGCGCGUUUUCUCCUUAUCCAAACGGGCACAAAGCAACUCUUAUGGCACUGAAACACCUUCCCAUUCUUGUCUUUCUCUUCUUCUUAGGUACCCAAUAAUAUCCCAUUCAGGCAUCUUCUAAUAUAUUGUUCUUGAAAGUUUUUGUGAUCAUUUUUAUGACAGUUUGUUUUCUUGAUGGGUUCUUUUUCUACAGGAUCAGAAGCAGCAGUAUUCACACUGCAAAAUAAAUGCAGGGAGACAAUAUGGCCUGCAAUCCUAACAGCUGCACGGAAACCUCAACUAAUGGAUGGCGGGUUGCAGUUAAAACCUAACCAAACCAUAGACAUCACUGCUCCAAAAGGUUGGUCCGGCCGGUUCUGGGGACGGCGCUACUGCUCCUUUGACAUCUCCGGCAAUGGAAUGUGCAUUACCGGAGACUGCGGAGGCAAGCUCAAAUGCAACGGAGCCCGAGGAGCACCGCCGGCUACACUUGCAGAAUUUACUCUAGACAGUCCAAUGGACUUCUAUGAUCUUAGCCUAGUUGAUGGCUAUAACAUGCCAGUAUCAAUUUUCCCCUCUGGGGGAUCUGGGGUGUGUAAGAAUAUAACAUGCCUAACAAAUUUGAACAAAAGAUGCCAAAGAGGAUUGGAGAUGAAGAACAAAGGCAGAGUUGUUGGGUGCAAGAGCUCAUGUCUGGCAUUUAACAAGCCAGAAUAUUGCUGUUCUGGAGAUUUCAAUAGCCCUAGCAAAUGCAAGCCAUCAAGUUAUUCCAAGGCCUUUAAAGCAUCUUGUCCUCUGGCUUAUAGUUAUGCUUAUGAUGAUGCAUCCAGCACUUUCACUUGCCAAGGAGCAAAUUACUUGAUUAGGUUCUGUUAAAGGAGGGAUGACAGAUAACUUGAUCAAGUGAAUACAUCAAAUACCCAUUUCUCGCAUGCAUAACAGAGGAUUGAACUUAAGGCAUUGCCUCACAUGGGUAAAGACUAAAGACAUCACUGUGACAGAGCAAAGGUUCUCACCUGAACUUCUUGUGGAGACGUCAUAUUUUGCGUGUGCGCUUUGUGUGUAUACUUAUUAUUUCUUCAUGCAUGCUAUAUACAAUAGAUUUGGUGUGCUUUACUGCAAUGAGAUUCCUUUGGAGUGAAGAUUUUCUGACCAAAUGCAGGAUCAAGUACAAAGACAAACAUAGGUGUUAAUUAUAGAUAGGUUUAUAAAGAUAUAAAGAUGGAUUUUAUUGAAGAUUAUACUAAUAUGCUUGUGUGACUAUUAAUGAUUAGUUGGUCCAUCAAUUAUUUGUAGAGCAAGAUUCCUUUAUGGCCUGUUUGGUAAGAGUGAAAUGAAGCGAGGGAAGUGGAAGUGAAAUUCCAAAUUUAACACGUUUGGCAACAUUGGAAUUAGCUUCCUUAUGAAAGUUACUUUCAUAAAAAAUGAUGGAACCCACUUCCCCAUUCAAUCCCAUAAAACUCAAUUCCACUUUCAUCGCACCCUCAAGCUUGACAAUUUUGCCCCAUCACCAUCUCUCCUUGUUAUCAACAGAGGACGGUGAUGGUGGUGAUGUAGUGACUCUGUCAAGGACAACAACAAACCGCGAUGACUAUCUUUGAUUUCGGGUUCGAUUCUCUCUUCGAUUUCUAUUUUGUUCUAUGUUGCUCCUGGAUCCGCGUUAGACAACAUUCAGGCACAACUUAUUUUCAAAUUCAAUUUCAGGCCUUCGAUUUUUGAUUCUAUGACUUUGGUGUUCAUAUUUGUUUUAUCAUGUUUCAUUAAAAUGUUAUGUUUGAUAAUAAUGGUUUCAACUUUCACUGUAUUUUCCAACAAACUGACUUUUCCGACAAAAGUGAAUGUGACCUCCAGCAGCAACAAUCAACAAGCGCGAGUUAUGGGUUAGGGUUGUGUUUUUGGGGGUGAGGACAUACUUGUAAUUUCACAUUAUAAAUAUAAUUAUUUAAUAAAAUAAAUUCAACACUUCCAUGUGCAUGCCAAGCAAACUUUUAAACCCCACUUCCACUUCUGCUUCCACCACAAAUAAUUCCCUGUACCAAAUGGGCCAUUAAGAU